CACAGGCUCUGCUUGCCUGUGGUGCUGGGAGGAGAUGGACAAGUACCUGGAGCUGCCCACUGGUGGGAGGAUGCCCAUCCUGGGACUGGGGACCUGGCAGUCUCUGCAGGGAGCAGCGAGGGAGGCAGUGGGGUUUGCCAUCGACGCUGGGUACCGCCACCUGGACUGUGCCUACAUGUACCAGAACGAGAGCGACAUCGGCGACGCUCUGCGACAGAAAAUCCAGGAGGGCGUCGUCAGGAGAGAGGAGCUCUUCAUUGUCAGCAAGCUGUGGUCCACCUUCCACGAGAGGUCCCUGGUGAAGGAGGCGUGCCAGAAAACACUUGCUGCCCUCCAGCUGGAGUAUUUGGAUCUCUACCUGAUGCACUGUCCCAUGGGAUUCAAGGCAGGAGAGGAGUUAUUUCCUGCAGAUGGAAAUGGCAGGAUCAUUCCCAGCGAUACAGAUUUUCUGGAUACGUGGGAGGCUAUGGAAGAGCUCGUGGACAUGGGAAUGGUGAAGGCUAUUGGAGUCUCCAACUUCAACUGCAAACAGAUCCAUCGGCUCCUGAGCAAACCAGGCUUAAGACACAAACCUGCAAAUAAUCAGAUUGAGAGCCACCCCUAUCUUCCUCAGGAAGAGCUGAUUAAGUUUUGCCAAUCGAAAGGGAUCCCUGUCACUGCAUAUUGUCCCCUUGGAGCACCCAACUGGCCAAGGGCCAAGCCUGACCAUAUUUCACUUUUUGAUGAUCCUCAAAUUAAGGAAAUUGCACUCAAGCACAAGAAAACCCCAGCUCAGGUGCUUAUCCGGCUCCAAAUUCAAAGAAAUGUCAGUGUAAUUCCCAAAUCUGUCACUCCACAGCGGAUUGAAGAAAAUUUUAAGGUGUUUGACUUUGAACUGACUCAGGAGGAGAUGGAGACCCUCCUCAGUUUCAAGAAGCGCUAUCGCAUCUGUGCGCUGAGCGAAUGCAAAAAUCACAAGGACUAUCCUUUUUUUGAAGACUGAUACAGGCAUCAGCUUCAGAUCCUCCAGGGAUCCAGACCAGCUACUGUUACUUCAAGCAAUAUUCAAUGCUUUGUGUAUUAAUUAAUGAUAGAAGGGGAAAAUGUAUUAAAAAAAUGGGAGAAGGUAACUCACAGGCAUUCUGAAGAUUCAUCUUUGAGCACAGAUAUAUUUGCUUCCCUUUUUAUCAACCACUUGUACCAGUCCUUUAUCUGCUCUUCUAACACAAUUUUCAGUUGCAGCAAAACAUAAAUUCUCUAGUAAUUUUAGUAAUGACAAAGAAGUUUAAUAAACCCAUAUAUUUGGAUUAGGAAAAA